AUGCCUCCGUCUCCAGGUCUCACCUUCUUAUUCUUCAGCGGUCCGUAUAAAGGUCGUUCUAACGUCCGCCUGGGCCCGGACGUCCUCCUGAGAGGCCAGUCAGUGGCUCGCAGUCACGCCUUCAUCAACCUGAGGGAGGUAUGGUGUUCACGGAGAAGGAAGCCUACACCAGGUCCCGACUUCAGGGUGACAGGGUUACGCUGCAUAACCGCUACACAGUCUGACAUCUGCUCUCCUGUUUCAGCCCCAUGGAGGAGGACGCCGACCUCCAGGAGCCCGACAUCAGGCACAAGGACGUGGACCCUCACCUCAAACACCUCUUCAUGCAGAUCUGUGGAAACGACUCGGAGAUCUCCGCCUUUGAGCUCCAGCAGAUUUUGGACAAAGCGGAGGUUGGACAUUAUAACCGAUGGCUUCAGCCUGCAAACCUGCUGUGACAUCAUCAGCCUGCUGGAUACUGACGGCAGCUCCAGACUGGGCCUGCUGGGUGAAGAUGCAGACGUACCUGGGUUCCAGCUGAACAGCACAGUGAUCCAAGAGAUUGUUGCUCGCUACACCGACAGAAGCUACGCCAUCGACUUCGACCGUUUCAUCGGCUGCUUGAUCCGUCUGGAGAUGCUCUUCAGGAUGUUCAGGACUCUGGAUCCAGCUAGACCUGCAGCAGGUAAACCACACCUAAGCAGUGCAGUCCCUCUCUUAUUGGCUGACAUACAUGACAUCAUCACUGACCUCAUCUCCUUCUGUAGUGGCUGUGCCUCACCAUCAACUGACAGCUGCCACUCCAGGAGCAUGCUGGGAAAAUGAUUUAGGCAGCACUGUCUUUGGUAAGCUGAAGGCAUCGUAUCCAAAGCAGCGUUAGCAUCAUGCAGUAGCUGAACAGUUUAACGUGCACGUUUGUGUUGGAGGAUAAUGUUGGCAAAAAGUCUAAAGAGGCUCCAGCGAGCAUCGCCAACACGUUCACUGUGAAUGAUUUUGUUUCCUUGCAAGUAAAAUAAACACGUUGGAUUGGCUGCUGUGUCUCAGUUAUAACAGAUACCAUGGUUACCGUGCAAAGGACAGGAAGCUGAUGCUGCGGUCGCUGACUCUGAAACAGUCCA